AAUACCGUAAUUAUUAUUAUUAUCGACGAACCCAAAUAAAAAAGAAAAAGGAAUAGCUUCUGUAGAGAGACGUCUUCUUUCCUUCCAUUUCUUUCUUUCUUUCUUUGUGGGUGUGUUUGUGUUUGUGACGUCGGUGAGUUAAAUAAGAAGAAGAAGAAGAAGAAGAAGAAUUAACUGUUUUUGGAUGGGAAAAUUGUCGUCUCUAUCUGUUACCGGAUUUCAGGAAUUUACUUUGCCUAUGUGAUUCAUCGUGGAGCUUUUCUAUUCGACCAGCUUUUUUUUUUUCAUCUUUUUCUUAAUUUUAUAUUUAUAUUUUCAAGGUAUUGUUGUUGUGGUGUUUGGGAUUUGGAAGCUGUAGAUCUGAGGUGAAGAGUAGGUUUUGUAUUGUUGGAAAGGCGGGAUUCGAUUACUGUACUCACUAAGGCAGAUAUGACCAUUCUCUGAAAGGUUUCUCUGUUGAUAGGCUAAAUCUUCUAUACUGAAAGAUGGAGGAGGUAGGGGCACAAGUGGCUUCUCCAAUAUUUAUCCACCAAGCGCUUUCUAGCAGAUUUUGCGAUGCGGCUUCCAUGGCCAAAAAACGCGAUCUUUCCUAUCAGACUUCUAAUUUUCAGCACCACCGCUUUCCUCAAAACCCUAGAGACAAUUGGAAUCCUAAGGCUUGGGAUUGGGACAGCGUCAGGUUUGUUGCCAAACCUUUGGAUGCUGACACCAACGUUUUGCAAUUGGGAACAGCAUCCUCAGACCACCAAAAGAAAACUAAUGCUUCUGUGAAUCAUAAUUUGACCUUGAAAAAUGCUCCUCCUGCUGGAGAUGAAGAUGAUGGCCUUCGCUUGAACCUUGCUGGAGUCUUUAAUGCUGUUGAGGAGCCUGUUUCCAGACCCAACAAAAGAGUCCGCUCUGGAUCUCCCGGCACAGCUACCUAUCCAAUGUGUCAGGUUGAUAACUGCAAGGAAGACCUAUCUAAUGCAAAGGACUAUCAUCGCCGUCAUAAAGUUUGUGAGCUUCAUAGCAAAUCUACUCAAGCUUUAGUUGGUAAGCAGAUGCAGAGGUUUUGUCAGCAGUGCAGCAGGUUUCACCCACUAUCUGAGUUUGAUGAGGGGAAAAGAAGUUGUAGACGCAGGCUUGCUGGACAUAAUCGACGAAGGAGGAAGACUCAGCCUGAGGAUGUUACCUCACGCCUUCUACUCCCUGGAAAUCGAGAUACUGCCAGUAGUGCAAAUCUAGAUAUAGUUAACUUGUUGACUGCUUUGGCUCGCACUCAAGGCAAACAUGCGGACAAAAGGAUCAAUGCCUCAUCAAUGCCAGAUAGAGACCAACUCAUUCAAAUUCUUAGUAAAAUAAAUUCAUUACCUUUGCCCAUGGAUCUCGCUGCACAGCUGUCAAAUAUUGGAAGUUUAAAUAGGAAAAAUCCUGAACAACCAUCAUCAGAACACCAAAAUAGGCUGCUUGGAACUGCAUCUUCUCCAUCAACCAUGGACUUGCUUGCUGUUCUUUCAGCAACUUUGGCAGCAUCUGCACCUGAUGCUCUUGCAUUUCUAUCUCAAAGGAGCAGCCAGAGCAGUGACAGUGAGAAAUCUAAAUUGACUUGCGUUGAUCAAGAUGCUGGUCCUAAUCUACAGAAGAGACCAAUUGUAGAUUUUCCUUCUAUGGCUCUUGAGAAAAGCAGUAGCUGUUAUCAGUCUCCAGUUGAAGAGUCAGACUGCCAGCUUCAGGAAAGUCAUCCUAAUUUACCAUUGCAGCUAUUUAGCUCCUCACCUGAGGAAAGUAGCCCCCCUAAACUGGCAUCUUCUAGGAAGUAUUUCUCUUCUGAUAGCAGUAAUCCGAGUGAAGGGAGAUCUCCAUCAUCAUCUCCUCCAGUUAUGCAGAAGUUGUUUCCACUGCAGAGUAAUGCAGAUACUGUUAAGUCUGAAAAGGUGUCUAUCACUAGAGAGGUCAAUGCCAAUAUUGAAGGUAGCAGAAGCCAUGGAUCUAUUUUGCCCCUUGAACUCUUUAGAGGUUCAGACGGAAGAGCUGUUCAAAGUUCAUAUCAAAGUUUUCCGUAUCAAGCUGGAUAUACAUCUUCCUCUGGUUCUGAUCAUUCACCUUCUAGUCAGAAUUCUGAUGCUCAGGAUCGCACCGGACGAAUAAUCUUUAAGCUCUUUGAUAAGGAUCCCAGUCAUUUUCCCGGAAAACUGAGAACACAGAUCUACAAUUGGCUUUCCAACAGUCCAUCUGAAAUGGAGAGCUACAUAAGGCCUGGUUGUGUGGUUCUGUCAGUUUAUUUGUCAAUGUCAUCUGCCAAGUGGGAGCGACUUGAAAGAAAUCUCCUUCAGCAAGUUGAUUCUUUGGUUCAAGAUUCAUAUUCUGAUUUUUGGAGAACUGGAAGGUUUCUAUUGCAUACAGGCAGGCAAUUGGCAUCGCAUAAAGAUGGAAAUAUUCGCUUAUGCAAAUCAUGGAGAACAUGGAGUUCCCCUGAGUUGAUAUCAGUGUCCCCAGUGGCAGUUGUUGGAGGGCAAGAAACCUCUCUUCUAUUAAGGGGAAGAAAUCUAACUAAUGCUGGCACCAAGAUUCAUUGCACUUAUAUGGGGGGAUACACAUCAAUGGAAGUCAUGGAAUCAACUUUGCCAGGAGCCAUAUAUGACGAGAUAAAUAUGAGUGGUUUUAAAGUUCAUGGUUCACCUCCCAGUUCUUUGGGUCGUCUGUUCAUUGAAGUAGAAAAUGGUUUCAAGGGCAACAGUUUUCCUGUAAUAGUAGCUGAUGCUACAAUCUGCAAAGAGCUGAGACUCCUCGAGUGUGAGUUUGAUGAGAUCUCUAAAGACUGUGAUAUCAUUUCAGAAGAACAAGCUCAAUACUUAGGUAGGCCAAAGUCAAGGGAGGAAGCUCUGCACUUUUUGAAUGAACUUGGAUGGCUAUUCCAAAGGAGGAGAGCAUCAUCAGUAUAUGAGAUUCCAGAUUAUUCACUUGGCCGUUUCAAGUUUUUGCUCAUUUUCUCAGUUGAAAGAGACUAUUGUGCGUUGGUCAAAACAAUUUUAGACAUGCUGGUGGAAAGAAAUAUGGGCAUGAGUGGGCUAUCAAAAGAGUGUCUUGAAAUGCUGUCUGAAAUUCACCUUGUGAACCGAGCUGUAAAAAGACAAUGUCGGAAAAUGGUGGACCUGCUUAUCCAUUAUUACAUUAAUUGCAGUGAGCUUUCCUCAAAAAGUUAUAUUUUCCCACCAAGUCUUGCAGGACCUGGCGGUAUCACUCCUUUACAUUUGGCUGCUUGUACCUCGGGUUCAGAUGAUUUAGUCGAUGCUUUGACAAAUGACCCGCAGGAGAUUGGACUGUCCUGUUGGAAUUCUCUUGUGGACGCAAAUCAUCAGUCUCCAUAUGAUUAUGCUACUAUGACAAACAACCACUCCUAUAACAAAUUGGUGGCUCAUAAGCACGCUGACAGAAGAAAUGGCCAAGUUUCUGUGAGAAUUGGAAAUGAGAUAGUUCAAUCACUGUCUUCAAGAAUGAUAUCAGACGUUGAGCAAGAGCGUAGAUCUUGUGCAAGGUGUGCCACUGUAGCAGCAAAAUACAAUAGAAGGAUUAUGGGUUCACAAGGCCUUCUUCAGCGUCCCUAUAUUCACUCAAUGCUUGCCAUUGCUGCUGUCUGCGUCUGUGUCUGCCUGUUCUUGAGAGGUGCCCCAGACAUUGGCUUGGUUGCUCCUUUCAAGUGGGAGACAUUGGAUUAUGGCACCAUUUAGUGAGAAUAUGGACCUUGUUUUUUGGGGGAGAGACAGAUGAGUCCGAAGAAAUAAGCUACUCGGUAGCAAAAGAACUUUCAAGCAAGUAAACAUGUGUUCCUUUAAGUUAUAUGUGGAAUUGAAAAACACGAGCGGAGCAGCUAGGGCAAGGGGGUUUUGGCUGCGAAAGAGUGGAUGAAAUAGGGGCAUCUGAGACUCGCAUCAAAUGUGGGCACACUGAGUUCUGUGACGUUACAGGUUAUGCCCCUUUCAUUGGAGGGGAACACAUGAUAUAUUUUCUGAAUUGUAGCAAUCUUUGGCUCUAGAGACGCCGAACAGGACGCAGCAGUGGGCAGAAUUGUGGAGCAUCAGGUAGGUUUGACUCGGCACUGAAAGUGAAGCGUCAGGCUCAGAUUCAGGGUAAUGGAAAGCAAAAGAAGAAAAAGGGUUUCGUUAAGAGGCGGCUUCUUCCUUUUUGAUAUAUAAUUUAUAUUUUUUUUGAAAAAAAUCUUUUUGGCCCUAGUUUCUUACAAAUGAAAGAACUAAGUUUGAGGUAUUACUGACAAUGUAUUUGAGAUUUGUUUACUGUAAAGUUGGUCAUUAGGAGGAUCAAUCACAGAACUAAAAUAUUGUAUGAUGAAAUAGUGAAAUAUUUGUUAAAAUUAUAUUUGGAAAUAAAGAGGUAAUUAUGCA